UUUCCAGUUCUGUCAGCAGUCUAUCAAAAUGGUGACCUCCGCCUUGUGGGAUCAGACUUCAAAGCUGAAGGUCGUGUUGAAAUUUACCAUCAGAACAAAUGGGGAACAAUUUGCGAUGAUCGUUGGGGCAUGGAAGAGGCUAACGUAACUUGCAAGCAGUAUGGGUAUCCAUUAGGAGCUCAAUAUUGGUACUCAAAUGCUUAUUUUGGACAAGGCAAUGGUACUAUUUGGUUGGAUGAUGUUACUUGUUUUGGAAAUGAAACUAAAUUAAUGAACUGCAGGCAUAAUGGAUGGGAAGGCCAUAACUGUCGACACUAUGAAGAUGUUGCAGUUGUUUGCAGAAUGGAAGGUACAUCAAAGCUUAAAAAUUUCUGACUAAAUAAAUUACAAAAUUGUAUGUCACUGACUCUCACUCUGCAUGUAUUUCAAUCUAUAAAGCUCCAACAUGAUUGUCUUUUCAGUAUGCCAAUCACAUCAAGGGUUAGAACAUUUUGAGCGGCCACUCAAUCAUAACUGGAGUGGUAACUCUUAAAAAUUCAUUUCAUGUCAUAAAAUGUGAUUACUGAAAAACCCCUUGUAGGACGUGUAGGUACUAUUUAAAAAAAAUUUUGCUCCCAAUAUCACUGAGCCUGUGAGUUAAUUUCUAAAUCUGCUGAAAUUCAUUAAAAAAGGAUGUUCUCUAAUCUCAUUACAAACAACAUUUGGUACAGUUUAAUAGUGACUAUUUAGUGUGGCAAAUAAAAUCAUCAUGGCAAUUGGUUAGAGGGCUAAUAUACCAGAGAAGGUGGAUAUAUUAGUAAUGAAUUUUGUCUGUUCAAAAGGAAAGGUUUACAGUCAAACCAGGAAAACCAUGAACACCAGAAAUUUUUUCUGAAAUAUUAUUGUUUUGUAAGAAAAAAGCCAACAAUUGGGCCGUGGUGAGAAAUUAAACUGCAAGCAAGAAAGUUAAUAAUAUUAGUUUCUGGUUUUGUGGCUACAUAAUGUAGUUCGUGUGUCCCAUUAUCUUUGCCAUAUGAUAGGUUGUAACACGUUAAACAUACCUGAUUAUUUCAUAUGUUCACAGUUUUCCCAGAUGAACACCUUGUUUUGAAUAAAAAUGAGUGGUAAAAACAAAAUGUUUUGAUAAAGCUUGUCACUAUUUUAUCAAUUGUAUAUUGUAAAUAACAAGAUCAUAAGAGAAGUAACUUAAGUGCUUCUCUAAAUCAAAAUAUUUUUUUAUGAGAUAUACAUGUAAGAUUAAAUGCAGGUGCAUGUGCAUGAUAUAGUAUGUGGGCACAGUCAACAAUCAAUUGUCAUGGCAGCCCUGAAGAGUAACAAGGGUUGGCUGGUUACCUCAACAGGCAAGGAAUUAAUAAACAGCCAAAUGUACCACCUCAUAAGUCCAGCACAUUUUUUCUUUAUGAGCAAGAGGUUUGCAUCAGCUAUUGAAGCUGCUUAAGUAACAGCUAACACUUCAAAGUCGGAGAUUUUUUUCCUUUUUAUUUUCAAAGGAAACAAAAAUUAUUAUAAUAAUUACAGUAACAUUUUUCCCAUACACAUUGUUUGUACAAGUUGAGCUGUAGACACUAGUAUACUAAACCUGCCAUCCUUCUUGUUCAUAUAGAGAAUGAUACAACAGGAGCAUGUGACUUUGAGAAAGGCCAUGGAAUGUGUGGAUAUCGAAAUAUUAUUGCAAAAAAUUUUUUUAACUGGACAUUUGGAGGCAGGAAUGUAAAUGGCUAUCGCUGGCCAAAAACUGAUCACACAACUGAAUUUUCAACUGGAAAAGGUAUGAUGUGGGAUACAGUAGCAUAUGAAGUACAUGUAUUUAUUUACAGUGCUCUCUCUUCUGUUUCUUUCUCUAUGUCUUUUUGGUUUUUUUGGUUUUUUUUUGUUCUCAUCUGAGUGACUUACUACUUCAUAUACCACUUCAAACCACAAAUAUUCAUCUUUUUAUUACGAUUCAAUACAACCUCAGUUUGUGGAAAGAAGCUUAAUUAUAAAAGGAAAUAAUUUUAGACAUUGAAUGCGAGUUUAUAACCUUUAAGAACAAGGAAACUGCUUUUUUUUAAACACGAACCAUUACCCUGUGGUAAGGGCUUAUGGUCAUAUGUGACAUCCUAAUUUUAGUCAUUCACGGGAAAUCAAUCAAGCCAAGCAAUCAAAAACCUCAAUCAAUCCCUUAAUAUUUAUCGUUUACUUUAAUAAAGGUUUCUAUGCUACCACAUUCUUGAAGAUUUGGAAGGAUAUCAUUCAGGGUAAACCAGCACGCUUGCAAAGUCCCGCCAUUGCAUCUGCCAAGUGUGUUGAAUUCUACUAUUUUAUGGCUGGCACUACUGUUGGGGAGCUGUUGGUUUACUUGAAGUCAGACACUCAGGGAGAGAAAGUAGUCUGGCAGUUAAUUGGUGAUCAAGGAUAUCAGUGGAAAAAAGGAGCCUUUCCUGUGAACAGCACCUAUAAAAACUUCAACGUUUGUAUCUGAUUAAUAAUAUGUAGAUUUAGCCGAAGCUUCCGUUUAUGCAUUUUAAAUUUACUUCAGACAAUGGACUUUUAAACCAUUGCAAAGAAUCCACAAAUCUAUACUUAACUUUAGGAGAGAACCAUAUGACUGAAAAAAAAAACAUAAACUUGAACCUGCGAUUAAUUAAAAGCUAACAACUAGUCAGCGGAAAACUUCAAAAAGCACGUGCCCUCCGUGAGUUGGCAGCUGAGCCCGCGAUACGGUCAUGUGACACUGGUCAGCGCAUACGGAAAGUUUGACAUUUUACAUUGGUUUCCGUGCAAUGCGGACGGACGGACGCACGGACACGUGAUUACCAAAAUGUCUCGGCUGGAUAGAUUACCAAAUUUUCUUGGGUGUCCAGCUCCGCGCGUUGUGCUCCGCUUUUAUAUAACAAUUACAAUUAUAAAAACUGAAUCACUGGAUAAUGCAAUUCUAGCAUUUUGAUUGGCUUAGCCGUUAUGGUAUAUGAGCUAUUAUACCGUGCUCUCCAUAUAUGGUCGGUGUACGCGUCAGUUUAAAAUUGGAAGCUAGCUGAGAUUUUUUUUCGCGAAGGAUAGAACGGCGCCCGAAGCAAAUUGUUUUAAUUCAUUUCUUAGAAUACUAGAAAUGCAAUUUCAUCGAAAGAAAAAAGACAAAGACAAACAAAAAAGCCACAAGAGCUUGUUUGAAAGUUUGUCGAAAAACACAUGAAAACACAUGGAACUAAAGUACCUUGACCAGCUACGAAAGAAGACAAGUGUUGUUUCUUCAUGAUCCAUUAAUGUAGCCAUUCACUAGAGCUAGUGAAGUCUGGGCUAGUAAAUGCUAGCUUCAGCUUGCCCGAAUGGCAAGAUGUAAAAAUGAGUUUCUUUGCACCCUGAAUUAGCAAUGAUAUUAUAGCGGAACUUCCGCAUGCGCGCGUUGCGGAGCCUCCAUUGCUGUGGAAAAUGGAAACCUAUCGAUGCGAGAAAAUUUGGUUAUGACGUCAACGUACGCCCACCCGUACAUACGGACCGGCAGUGGGGUACUAAGUAGACUCUGCAGGGGUUGGGGGCGGGGAAUCCAAGACAGUUCACCUAGAGGCAGCCAAUGGAGUGUUUCAAGUAAAGAUCAUAGUUUUGUUUGUUUGACUUGCGACAGAAAACUUUGAAAAGUAUUGUUUUAAGGAUGUGCUUUAAACUUGGUCACGCUUUUUAAAAAAUUCACACCAAGAGCCACUAUGCGGGCUCUUGUUUACACACAACUGUUCCAUUUAGGGCCCGACAGAAGAAAACAUAAUAAACUUAUCACGCAUACAAACGGCCAAAUUUUUAUUUUAAAAAAAAUCAAUUUUGCACGUGCAUCACGCUGUUUUAUACAUUUUUUGUCGUCACUGCACGACUUCGACGUGAAAUCGCCUAAUUGCACAUUUUAUGGAGGACGUAAACAAGCGACGACGAAUUCUUUUGGGGGCAGCGUGGCCGAGUUGUCGGCGUGACGGACUCGCAAUCCAGCGGUCCCGGGCUCGAUUCCCGCUCUGGCCACUUGCUGGAUUUGUUCUUGGUCGUUCCGAGUUCAAAUCCUUGACCACGCUUGUAAAUAGCCAACUGGUGCAGCCUCCAGCCAGUUGGGGUUUUUCUGAAUCCUGUUAUGUUCUAUUUGCAUCAUUUGGUGCAGAAUUAUUUAAGGGGAGUGCCUGUAAACUAGCUGGAUAAGCUAAUUGCAUUUUCCACUUUAAACAAACCUUUAACCUUUUCUUUCUCUUUCUUAACUUGAGUGCGGCCCCCAAGAAAUCAACCACUGGGAGAUUUGCCUUCAUUUGACAUUUUCAGCAAAUUGGAAUAUUAAAAUGCGACAAAGUUUGACGAAACGCGCAUUCAUUUUAAAAGUGACGCUUUCGCUGCCGUCGCCUUCGGAAACUCCAUAUUUGCUUUAGAAAUCGUAAGCGGUAAAUUGUCAACUACCAAAGAGUAUCAUGUAUUAAAACUUUUUUUUUUGCUGUAAACAUAAUACUUUCAGCUUGAUGGUGCAGUUUUCAUUUUAGGUGUUAUUGCGGGAUACUUUUUCUUAAUCACUCAGCCCCUCCCUAAAAAGGAGGAUUCUAUUUAGUGGCUUAGAGUUUAUGAUAGAAGUAUAUAAACGGAGGCUUCGCUUUUAGCCUAGCCUGUUAAGCAGGCCUAUUUUGGCUGGGCGAAAGCUGCUUGUUUAUGUUCGUACUUUUGAAGCUGUCAUCUUUGGUUUUAUAUCAGAGGAAGAUUCGGGAGAGUAGAAAUAGCAACGCUUGGAACAGGUGCAAGGGCGAAAGAAGGAGGAGGAGGAGGGAAAAAAAUUCUUUUCUCUUUCGCCGCCCCCUCCCCCGCUCCCUCGAGUUGCAUUUGGGUUGCCAUACCUGUUUUUUGAGUUAUUUUACGUUUGUAUGCCUGUGGUGCGGACGGACGGGCGGACGUUUGGUCACGUGAUCACCAAAAUUUCUCGGAUGGGUAGAUUACCACAUUUUUUUAUGUAUGGGGUGACGCUCAAGCGCGCGCAUGGAGCUCCGCUAAAAGACUGAGGAGAAAUAAACAGGCGGCAGCUAGGAUAAAUGUUACCAGCGAGUUCUGGUCCUGAAGAGAUUAUUAUUUGUAAGCUCAGAGCCAAUUGUAGGGUGUGUCUGAUUCGUAAUGUAAGAUAUGAUUCUUUUUUUUAACUCUGUAGAUCAUUUUUGAAGGUAUUGCUGGAACAGGAUAUUAUGGUAGUGAUGUUGCUGUUGAUGAUAUAUCUGUCAAUCUAUCUUCAUCCUGCCAGUUCAACCCAAAAAAUGCCCGUCCAGUACCAGCAACAACACAAUCUAAAAGUAAGUCAUUUCACAAGUUAAAGAUUUUUAAAUCGUAAUCAGAUUUCAAUAAAAUAUGUUGCAUAAGAUUUCCGUUAUUGUUGUUACAACGUUUUCCAGGUUCAAAAUAGCAGCCCGCUGGCCGCGUGACUGGUAAUUUCACCUUGUUGCAAGAAUUUUUUUCAAUUUUUUUUACAGAGUACCAAUCACGGUUAAGACAGUACCUUUUGUGUCUGUUUGAUGCGGUUAAAUGCUUGUGUUCAUUGACAUAAUAAUGACUGGCUGCGCAUUGCAGUAUUUGUGUUUCUUAGCCCACAAGUGACCUUUUCUUGUGACUUGAGCUUCAAGUAGCUCAGUGUUCAGAGCAUUCGACUGAAUAGCCUGCAGUGCAGGCGUUUUCUUCAGGCGCGUGAAUGUUUCGCUCGCGAAAGCGCAUGUUGAAACUGGAAGAUGGCGGUUACAACAAUACAAACAUAAACAACCAGCUUUCGCUCGCCCAAAAUACGCCUGCACUGCAGGCUACGGACUGAAGAAAACAGAAUGUUGUGGGCUGGGAAAAUGAUACUUAACCCGUGUAGUUUUGAAAAGACUUAAGUUCCCAUAGGAUGACCGAACAGAUACAAAUUUUAUAGCGCCAAUUAAAAUGCAUUUCUAGACAUCUAAGAAUACUCUGAUAGCCUAAAAACCGUCGUUGGAUGCCCGUGUUUGGUCUCUCACUGUUACUACAGUACUUCAAAGAUACCAUAUUCAAAGAUGGCAAAAGCUCUUUUGAAUUCUACAAAAACGAAACAGCCCAAAAACCAUUAUUAGUUCCGCAUCAAUCCUUUCUUCUGUUUCUUGUAUAGUGGAAACUCGUGGUUAAAGGAAAUCGCGUAAGUCACAAUUUAUCGGGAAAAUAACCACAUAGCAAGCAAAAACAAGCAAAGUAAAUAAAGUAAGCUGUAUUUUAUUGAAAAUGCUAGCGAGUAUUUAUCUUCUUGAAUCUUUUACCUGAAUUCCCAUGCAAAUCCUUUAUGUUCAUGGCCAUUUUAAGGAUUACGCAAUUCGAGACCACACGUAUUAAUGAUUAAACCCAUCAACAACAGAUGGGUGUGCGGAAGGAAAUCAUGAUAUUCACGUUCAAAAAAAAACUUCACACAUGUAAUUAUUCAAGUCCAGGCAUUUCAGAGAAAACCAAAGAAAGUAAGGUUAUUUGGCCGUAAUAAAAAAGCUUACGGCUUAGUAGACUGCAAAGCAGUCCGUAUUUUUGCGUAUUCAAAUACGCGCGAGUAGUCAAACAAAAGGUCUGGAACGAGUCUGAAAAGUGAGGCUCGCGCGCUUCGUGCUCGUAAGACUCUUACGGCACGCUUUACCGAUUUCUUUAUUGAUUUUGAGAAAAAAGCCGACUGUUUUGCAGUCUAACGGCUUAGUAAAAGAAAAUCAUUUAAUGGUAAACGGCAUCUGCGAUCAUGGUCAUGACUCCUAACCUCUAAAUGUGAGACUGAAAGCGGCCAAAAGAAACACAUUGCUUAGUCACAGUGUAGAAUACUCCAUGCACUGCAUAAACUACGCAAAAAGAAAAUAAGAAAAACCUGUUAUUCAAGCUGACUCUAAGGUCACGUUUCACACUAUCACGAGCUCAAUCUCUCUUGUCACGAGCUAUUAAUCGUGUUUGGCCUGUCAACACUUGAUUCAAAUCGGACUAAUCACAAAAUGCGUAAGAAACUACCCAAUCAAAAACGCCGACAUAUGUCCUUGCGACUCUGUGGGAUUCGAACAAGAUUUUGUGCACCAAUUCGCAGACGCUCUAUUAAGAAGAUAGAGCGCCUGCGACGCAGGUAAUUUUGGUGACUCUCAACAUGACCGACACCUCUCUAAGACGGACAGCUAGAAUUGAUCCCUGCCUUUCUUUAUUCCCUCUAUUUGACUCUCUAUAGGAUGGACACCUCUGUAAAACGGACACCUAGAGUUGGUCCCUGCCUUGCGUUACUCCUUUUAUAUUUGACUCUCUGUAAUAUGGACAUCUCUCUAAGAUGAACACUUAGUGCCGGUACCAAAGGUGUCCGUCUUAGAGAGAGUUGACUGUAUAGUUCUUAAAUAUUAAUUAUAGAGCUUAAACUAUUGUUAUGUUGGGACUGAAUGUUCUUUGUGAUAACAUUUCUUUUUUUAUUGCAGCAAUUAGAUUAGUGCCAAGACCUGGAUCAUCUGUUAAGUCAGCUGGUCGUGUUGAAGUGUACCACAAUAAGAGAUGGGGUACAGUGUGCAGUAAUUAUUGGUUUGGCGAUAGCUUUGACAUAAAAGCCGCUACUGUUGUGUGUAAGGAGUUGGGUUAUGAGGGUGCUGAAUUGGUCGUACCUUGCUGUCAGGUUUUUGAUAAAGGAACAGGUCACAUAUGGCUAGAUCGUGUCAGGUGUCUUGGAACAGAACCAUCUAUAACCAUGUGCCCACAUAGUGGUUGGGGGAAUACAUACUGCAGUCAUGAUUCAGAUAUUGCAGUUAUUUGCAAAACUAAAGAAACAGACAGAUCUGGUAGGUUGAUUUUCAAUAAUGUGCGGCCUCCAAGGUCGAAAAAAUUAAAAUUAACCAACUGUUACAGUUUUCGCUUCCGUUAUUCACCAUAACAAACCUCUCAAGAAACAGGUUUUUUUUAGCGUGUUCAAAAAGUAAGGUCUGUAGGUUUUAAUUUGCAGAUUUCGAUCCUUUUUGUUGUUUGGUUACGUCGGUUUUAUUUAUGGCAUCCUCUACCACGGUAGUGGGAAAUUACUUUAGCCUAAAUCACCAGGCCAUUGACGCUAAAUUGAAAUUUAAAUCACUGGCGCCGUGCGCAUGCUCGGAAAUGAUAUUUUACCUUAGCGCCAAUUCCUACAACUAGAAGAACUGCCUUGUGGCGUAGUCGCCAUUACGUGAGCAUAAAAGUCGACCUUUCUCGCCAUUUGUUUGUUUUACUCCCGUUUUAAAACCUAUAAGACAUGGUUGUUUACUUUAUCAAGAAAGUAUUUAUCGCUUCUGGAUAUCCAGUUAUUUCGUCUUGUAUCCGCUUUUUUAAUUUGAAAAUUCUGUUCACAAACGAGUGUGGCUGUUGGGCGCAGAACAAUUUGCUAAGGGACUGUAUAAUUUGCAGUGCUACAGCAAUCCCAGAGAUGUUUAGUUUUUGAACUCUAAACUCAACUAAAAAUUCAUCAUUUUCCAUUUCGUCGAGCUCAAUCGACAGAAGUACGAAUCAAGCAAUUACAAGCCACUAGUACACAGAGGUUUGGAAUGUUUUCCUCUUUGCAGAGUUUGCCGUAAGACUUGGUAACGAAACUGGAGUAAAUUUCCAAGGACGUGUGGAAGUGAACAUUGGUGGUAUAUGGGGUACAGUGACAGACCGUGGUUGGGAUAUAUAUGAUGCUAAUGUGGUGUGUAAGCAGCUUGGCUUUAAAGGAGCCGUUGGAGCAUUCAUAGGAAGUAGUUUUGGUAAAGGGAGUGGCCCUAUUUGGAUGUCUGAUUUCGACUGCAAUGGAACGGAGAAUAAACUUGCUCAAUGCAAUCACUCCAAUACUGAGAAACAGAAGACUUGGGGUCACUAUUUAGAUGCCAGUGUAGAAUGCUAUGGUGAGUACUUACAUUGAUCUUUCAAGAUGAAUUUGAAUAAUUUUUGUACGGGUAGUAUAAGUAUUAGUAUUAGCGGAGCUCCACGCGCGCGCGUGGGCGGAGCCCCAUAGCUAAAUAAAUCUACCCAUCCCAGAAAAUUUGGUAAUCACGUGACCGUACACCGACCGCCGACCGACCGUCCGUCCGCACCACAGGAAAGCCAACGUUUACUCUCACACUUUUAGCUAGUUUGGGAGCCCAAGCGAAAACUAAUUGCACAUCAAUGUUGUGAUCAAUUGACAGCUAUCAAAACAGGGCAUCCGCUGACCAUUAUCACCUGACCGUACCGCGGGCUCAAGUGUCGACCCAUCGAGGUUGAGUAUUUUUUUGAAGUUAUCCGCUGACAAAUUACCAGUCUCAAAUGAUCAUGAUCGCAGGCUCAAGUUUAUUUUUUUUCCAAGGAUUCAUAUCAAAUAUGUUGUGUUUAUGUCAUUAUGGCCCCGCACUAUUAGGAUUUUCAUUUCAAACUGACCUCGGAAUCAAAAAUUCAACCAGUUUUUUAAAAGUAUUGGCGGGGAAGACCUUAUCUUACCAUGGUCACGCGUUGGUCACGCUCUACGUCCAAUUUUUAUACUCUGAUGGGUCAAAAUUUGACAGGUGAGUUCAAGCGGAAAAAUUAUGCAGCAUCUUGAAAGUUGUUUACUUUGACAGCUGAAGCUGACAGAGUUUUGCGUCAACUUGUGAUGUUUUUAACUGUCUUUUUCCUCUGGAUGUACAAAAUGAAAUACAGCUGCUAUCAAGAGUCUUCUGUUAUUCAUGGCUGGUUUGUGUACUGGGUUUUUGGUUGAGAAAUGCGUCGCUUGUCAAAAUUUGGUAAUUCGAUUUCGGAUGGCAUCGUUUUCGUUUUUCACCUUGCUUAAUGCGUAAGAGGGUUUAAAAGUCUCAAGCAACUGUGGCCUUCCUUGAUAGCUUUCAGGAACUGAAUCUCGAAUGGUAAGCCUAAGUAAUUAUUGUAUUUGAUGUUUGUAUUUCAUGAAGUCUUGCACAGUUCACGCUGAUAGUCUAUGCGGCAAGUUUAUCCACGUUUGUAGGAUUUGAGUCAAUGAUCUGACCUAGUAUCAGGUUUGAUAUAAGCUUACAGAACUUUAAAAAGUCUGCAGAUAUAUUUUCUCACCACAAAUAGAAAGAAAACGUUCCGAAGAAUAUUUAGUUAUAAAUUUGGCUGUAGAAAGAAAACUCUGAGUGAUUUUCUUGCUUCGAGGAGUUCACCUUGGAAAACAGUAAACACCGCGCCGGGAAGCCGGCUUAAGCGGUACUGUACGCUUAAAGACUCAGGAUUUUUAGAGACACUUUAAUACUUGUCUUCGUGAAUGAAAAUUGUUGUCUCUGUAAAUGUUUCACCGAAUUAUAUUUCUUUUUUGGAUUGUUAGUAGUCUCUCUUGCAAUUUUAAUCGCUUGUCCGUGCCGUUUGUUUUCAUCGUUCAUGACCUUCGCUUGCAGGGGUACUCAAAAAUGUCGCGCGUAUCAAACGCUUUAUAAGAUUACACAUCGUUAUAACCGAAACCAUUAAAUAAUAAAAAAUAAGAAGAAGAAGAAAUUCGCUAUUAUGUUGAAGCGUAACUCUAUUAAAGUUCAUUCAAACACUCGACCACGCUGACGGCUCGCACUAUAGAAACGAGAACCAACUGGCCGUACGGGUGAUUUUAGAAAUUUUUGAAAGGUUUCUCUUAAAGCCCAGGAUUGAUCGUCCUGAAUAUUAACUGAGUGCAAUUUGUCUUGAAAAAUUAUGAAAUACCGCAUUCUGUCCUAGGUCUGCAUGAUAAAUAGUACUGUUUCACCUCAGAUGUGAUGCAUAAAAAUUAUGAAAGGUUGGUUUAAACACCCCCAGAUUUGUUGGCAAGAAUUUGUAAAGUAAACCUGUCAAACGCAAAAAAAUUUGGCGUGAUUUGUUUUCCAAGAAUUUGUUUUCGAGGCCUAAUCUACUGUGAUCUUGAAUGUGAUCGCAGAUGUUUGCUAUUUUUUGGGUGUACAUAUAAGGUUAUCAAUUCGAUGUAAGAUGCUUCACUCUAAAAUAACUUAGCCUUUCCCUCAAAAGUCACAUGAAUGUGCCCUUAAGUUAACUGAUUUGUGGAUUGAAAGUUUAUUGUUUGAUUUAAAUUAUAAAUUUAUUAAUUGGAGCUUCGCUUUUGGCCCUGGCUAAAUCUAUAUAUUAGUUAUAGUAUUAGUAUUAGUAAUGGUAACAGGACUGAGUAGAGGCCAAUUCGGUCUGUACUCAUACGAGUGAUUAACAAAAUCGGACGACCGCGUAGCGGGGGUCCGAUUUCUUUAAUCGCGAGUAUGACUACAGACCGAAUUGGACGACACGAAGUUCUGUUACCAAUUAAUCAUAACUUUAACAAAAUUUGUGAUAUAUAAGGCUCCUUUUUUUUUAAUGAAAACACAAGAAAUUCCGAGAUUUUUUUGCUAGCAGUAAAAAAAAAGGCCAGUUAAGCGGCGCGCGUGAUGGCGGGUACUGUCCAAUUACUUAGGCAUGACGCGUACUGUCUUCUUUAACUGUCCUAUGAAGGCUGAAAUCAGGGCAGUUUAUAGCCAAUCAGAUUUAAGAAUUUGUUAUAGUUAUGAUUAGUGUUGUUAUUGUUAGUGUUAGUGUUAGUAUUCGUGUUCGUAUUUGUUUUAGUAUUAGUAUUAUUAUCAUCGUUAUCUUUAUCAAUAUUAUUUUAUUUUAUCAUCUCUUGUGGAAGAGGAAUCUGUAGCAAUAAUAUCAAGUUGUUUUGCCCCAUGCAUCCAUUGAAUGCAACGAGGCUUUUUUUACUAAAAAACAUAAAUGAUUAUUACAUUACUUUUUUAGAAUGACCACAAACUCAUGUUUAUUUUUGUUAGGGCCGGGAAAAACAACAAAUCAGACGAGACAAAAGCUUUUAUUUUAGUUACAAGCUGGGAUUGCAAAAUCAGCAUAUAAUGUAAACAUUGCUAAAGAACCGGCGUUUCUAAUAUAGGUCUACAAAAAGUAAAUGCAUUAGUGAUCGCAUAUUUCUUUAAGCGAUUUGUUUUAACGAAAAAUUUAAGUUAAAAAAUAUUCAUUACACAGGUACCAGGCAAAAAAGCAAAAACCUAGCUAUCAACGGACUAACCAUUAAGUUUAUUCACUAAAAGUUUAUCUGGUUUAUGUACAUUUUGAUUUGUUGAGGCAGUCUGCUCAAGGUCCUUGCCCAAGAACAAUAGAAAUUUGUAAAAACAAAUCGAGGGACCUUUCUGAUUUUUUACUCAAGGUUAACACAAUAUUUUUUUUUUCACACAGUCACACACACACUAUACUUUAUUUUCACACUCAUUUUCACACUCGUUUUGCCAUCUCCGCCUGCAAAUAGCAAAAGCUAGACGAGGCGGGCGGAGAGGAAAGGUUACAGCAGUCAUAACAGAUGAUAUUGUAGUCGUAACAGAUGAUAUUGUAUUUCUCAUCGAAAGAGAUUAGAUGGUCGUUAUUGUCUAAUUUACAUCACCUGUAACACCUCCUUUUGUCCUUCCUUUAAUAAUAGUUUCAACGUUUGCUUGAACAGUAGAUCAACUAACCUUUCAGGUUUUUGUUGUAAUCUUCAGAUUUAAGACUUGCAAAUGGUGGUUCGAGUGCGAGUGGGCGAGUGGAAGUUAGGUAUGGAGGCUUUUGGGGAACAAUUUGCAAGCACAACUGGGAUAUAACUGCUAGUAACUUAGUCUGCAAACAGUUAGGAUACAAGCGAGCAGAAUCGGUGGCUAACUUUGGUCCUGGAUCAGGUCAGAUUUUCCUGGAUAAUGUACAGUGUAAAGGAAAUGAACCGGGCCUGUCUUUCUGUCGUCACCGGGGCUGGUUUGCUCAUAACUGCACUCACAAUGAUGAUGUGGGAAUAGUCUGUACAAACGGUAAGAAAAGACGUAUUAACUUGGCUCCGAGGCUUGGGGAAAUAAAAGAAGAAAGGUUUUACCCAAAGUGAUGUCUUUUGUUUUAUUCCCAAAGCCUGGAGGUCAAUUAUGAAGUUUAAUAUUUCGAAAUUGGUUGUUAAACAGAACACUUAUUUAAUCGCCUCACCCCCUCUCCCACAAGUGGUAUGGAAAGAAAGCGCAACAUAAACAGACUGCCACAAAUAUAUCGCCCUGCUGGAUAGUAUUCACUUGUGAUCUUGAUGUGUAAACAAUUACAUGUUUUAAAUUUUCAAGUGUAGAAAUUUGCAAUUCCAUUACAUUCCCUUUGCUUUCUAGCUGCUGUUGGAUUAGCAGUGGUGUGGGAUCCAGGAGGGGUGGGGUGGGGGGUCCGGAGUCCCUUAAAUAUAUCCGUCAGACGUGACGAUUUUUUAUAGGCAGUGCUUCAGCUAACUAACAUGAAAUUGAAAUAACCCCAGAUUAGUCACUUACAAUUUUCAUCUCGUAAAUAAAAAAUAAAACGUACCUUUCACGAGUUGCGUUUCAGCUUUAGCAUUGGUUAUCUGGACAAAGUUAUCACAAGGGACGAUUGUAGAAUGCCACAUGUACUGCACGUAUCAUGAUGGUGUGGGUCUAACUAAUGGAAAACAAUGUGUUACGGCGUGGAAGAAUGGAAAUAGGCGCUUUGCAGAUAGUCAUUGCACUUGCUACCGCCAUGCUGGACAGCAAGGGACUCACUUGGACCAGACAAACAAAAGGCUUAAAAUGCAUCGCUUAAAAUAAUAAUUUCCUUUGUUUUUCUUGUCAUAGCCAGCGAGCAGGCUCACUUGUGCGAGUGCGGGAGCUCGGAGCUGACAGCACGCGAGGAAAAGAGAUAGUAUAACUUUUUCCUCGCGCGCUGUACCGCUCGUACAAGUGAGUCUGCUCGCACGGUAGUCUUCGUCUCAGGCAUCUCUUGCUCUCCAGUAAGGCCGUUGAACCACGUGAAUGACAAGCUGCAAAGGCCUGUUAUUGGCUUCAACGGUGUGCACAAGUUGAACACCCCUCGGAACGAAAGUACCUCGGUCCGUGUUUGAUGAGUGUCUUCAAUCAUAAGGUGAUUUAAAAACUUGUUUUUUACUUUUCUUGAAGCAACCUGCAGUCAAAAGGUACCAUGUAAAAACGGUGGCUCAUGUCACUCUGGCGUUUGUAACUGUGCGCAGUACUUCGUCGGAGAAUUAUGCCAGCUGCCUGUAGGUAAGAAAACCUAACACUUGAAUUGAAAUAUAUGAAAUUAGUCAUAUUUUGAACUGCUGAUCAAGAUAUGAAAUUGAGCAUGAUCUUCGCAGUAGAAUGAACAACUUAAGCGGUUGAAAAAAAAAUCUGAAAAAAUUCAGGGUUCGAUUCCCGGUCAAGCCUGAAUUUUUCAGGUUCUUUUUCAUCCGCUUAGGUUGUUCAUUUUUAUACCGCGAAGAUCAUGUUCACUUUGAUAAACACUUUAAGUGAUCUGUGUCUGUCUGUAGUUUAGUUGAAGUGGGUUAAAUAAUCCAGCUAGUAAUGGCCUGACAAUGAGAAUGGUAGAUAUCAAUUUAAACACAAAAUGGUUCUCAGAUAAGUCACUCAUUCCGUUGUGAAGCGAAGAGCAGUGUCUGUCUGCGCCCUUCCCCAAGCAGUUAAUCAUUUGGUUUGCUAACAACACAACACUAACUGACCUAGUCCUGGCUUCAAGAAAACAUAAUGGAACCCUGGCACUAUGCUAGGACUGGGAAUAUGUGAUCAUCACUGCUAAAUAUUGUUAUAAACGGAUUUUGUGAGAAGACACCCAACGUCUUUGUUGGUAUGGCGUCCUAACAGUAACGGUGUUUAGAUGCGUUACUCAGCAUGGACAGGACUUAGCUAAACAUUCGAUUUUGAUCUCCCGCUUGGGGUUACCGGAUACCUUCGGGGGUGUCUCAGCUUCAAGAGAUGCAGCGUGUCCCGGUUAAACUGCAGAUACCUAAAAUCCUAUAUCAAAUUACAGCUUAUUGAACUGGCUUUCUUAAUAAACCAACAAUCCCAAACUCCGGUCGAAAUAUAUGAGAAUAAACUAGGUAUUGUCCGCUUAUUCGUGCUUCGAUCCACACUUUUAACGCCCCUUUGGGUACCCCCUAAAGAUCUAAAGUAAUCCCAUCAAGCCUUGGGCCUCAACCAUGUGCUCCCAGGUUUCCGCUGUGCUUCGAUCCAUAGACAGGUGAGUAUUUUUCGCUCGUAUUCGAGCUUUUAUUUCUCCCCCUUUUUGUUGUUUUAGCUUACUGUUUUCUUGUAGGAGUUUUAUCUGCGGUGAUUUACUUCAACUACGAAAUUUCGACGCCAGAUACGAUGCCGCCACAUCGCAAAGGUAAAUCACGGUCACAUUCUCCUUCCCGCCAUUCGAACGAUCGGGACUCGCCAUCUUCACCCAAACGUCGUCCUUCAAUAGACAAUGACAAGCUGGAGUCCAUUCUCAAAAUGUUACCAAUUAUGAUAGCCGUCUGGCCCUUUUUGAGCCCCGCUUUGAACAACAGAAAACUGCCCUCGAGCGGGCUUGUAUUACCGACUACGAUGCCAUUUUCCUGCUGGGAUCUGAAGACAUCGCGCUCGAUUGUGUUAAUGAAGAGGGGGCUAUUAAGCCAUCAAACGAGGCAGAAUUGCCAACAAAUGAGGCUACUGAGCCAUCGAACGGCACUUCGAGUUCGGGCAUUGUAAACUCAAGUUCAAAUGAGAACACCGAAGGGGCAUGUUAUGACCCCGACGCUUCUGUCACAUGCUGGAAACCCUCCAAGGAUUUUUCCUCAUUCUUGGAAAAGAAUUUCCGUUGGAAACUAAGUUAUGAUCAAGUCCUGGAUGUUUUGGAAACGAACAGUGUUUCCUCUGUUGACGCUUUAGCGUCUCCUACCCUUGAUCUAGCGAUCAUCAACCAGAUCUCAAAUCCACUGUCCAAGAAACAUGCUCAAGAACGUGAUAAGGAAAUAGUUUCUGUCCAGCGUUCUGUACUUGAUGCGACUGGCCCCUUGUGUUGUCUACAUGAUGCCCUUGAAUCGAAUGACAAUAUUAAUGUCUCUAAUAAGGAUGUAAAGUUUAUGUUAGAGCAGGCACUAUGCCUUCUUGGUUCUGCUAAUUAUCAGAUUUCAGUAUUGAGAAGAAAGAAAGAAUGUUAUUUGGGGAUGACUUUCCAUCCCUCGCCUCGAAACAGGCUGACCUGUCACGUGGCCUUUCUAAAAAUCUCUCAUCAAAUGCAAGGCGCCAAGUUUCUAGCUCUACCCAACGUUGUGGAUCUAGGCCAGUCCCCUUGCGGAGCUCCUUUAACUCUGGGUCUUUUACCUCUUCAAAGUACCCUCAGAACCGUCCAAAAGAACGCUUUUUUCGUCCUGAAAGGACGAUCCAACAAGAAUCAACCAGCACCUACCUCAGUGGGAGCAAAUAACGUCAGAUCCAGAGGUGUUAAGUAUUGUAAAGGGUUUUCAAAUAGAUUUUCAUUCAACCCCAGUUCAGUCUUGCCCUCCUGUCACAAGGGCAAGUUUUUCAGAAACCCAGCUGAUCGAUGCCGAGGUCCAGGAAUUGUUAAAGAAAGGAGCUAUUCAGGACGUCAGUCCCUCAGACCAGGCCUUUUACAACGGUCUAUUUCUUGUUCCCAAGAAAGAGGGCACUUACCCGCCCGUGAUAGAGUUGAGUUCAUUAAAGCGUUUUGUUCCCCACGUUCAUUUUCAGAUCGAGGGGCUCCAUUGUUUAAAGACCCUUCUAAGGAAAGGGGACUACAUGACAAGUAUAGAUCUAAAAGACACAUAUUUUUCCGUUCUAAUUCACAAAUCCUCUCAAAGGUUUCUUGGUUUCAUCUGGGGCACAAAACACUACACCUUUCUGGGUCUCCCUUUCGGUCUCAGCUCAGCACCCCGAAUAUUCACCAAGCUCCUGAAACCUGUAGCCGCCUUCCUGAGGAAGCAGGGGUAUCGCAUAAUAAUUUAUUUAGACGACGUCCUUCUUCUUCUUGCCUCCUCCAAAGAGGAAGCAUUGCGUCUAACUUAAAUGUCGUUAAGUCUAUUACAGUCCCUGGGCUUUCUCAUAAACUGGACGAAAUCAACACUGUCCCCCGUUCAGUCAAUAACAUACCUCGGUUUUGUCAUAAGCUCUGUGAAUAUGACCAUUUACUUAUCAGAGGCCAAAGUUCAAAGGGUUUAUGCAGUUUGCAACAACUCUCUCUCUCAACCUCAAAUGUCAGGACGACAGCUCGCCAGCCUCCUAGGAACCCUGGAGUCUUGUCGCCUUGCCAUAUGGGUAGCCCCCUUGCACCUAAGGGCUCUUCAAAUCCUGCUCAUACAAACCCUGAGGAACCACCAGUUCGACUACAACUGUCCAGUAUUUCUCAAUCUCAAGUCUCGAGCAGAGCUAACCUGGUGGCUAAACAAUUUACCCAAGGUCAACGGCAACCCUGUUUCCCCCCCACCACAGGAUCUCACAAUUCUCUCAAAUGCUUUAAUGCAAGGUUGGGGUGCCACGUGUCAGGGCAAGACCACUAACGGCAAAUGGUCCAGUCAGGAAUCAAUCCAGCACAUCAACCUCCUGGAAUUAAAAGCAGCAUUUCUUGGCCUCAAAACAUUCCUCAAGAACCAGUCUCACAAGGUUGUUCUAGUUACGUUGGACAACUCCAUGGCAGUAGCUUAUCUCAACAACAAAGGAGGCACCCACUCAGUUCCUCUGAUGUCCUUAGCUCUGGAAAUCUGGACAUGGUGUCUUCAGAGAAACGUCUUAAUUUCAGCACAGCAUGUUCCUGGAAAAGAAAAUACUAUAGCCGACUUAGAGUCUCGUACCUUCCUUGACUCAACCGACUGGCAACUCGAUCCAACGGUAAUCUCAGCCUUCCUUACAAAUUGCAACACGGAUCUUUUUGCCAGCCGCCUAACAGCACAGCUACCCCAAUAUGUAAGUUGGCGACCAGAUCCAGGAGCAUUUCAUAUAGACGCUCUAACACUUCACUGGAAGUCUCUGAUGGGUUAUGCUUCUCCCCCCCCCUUCAAUCUAAUUCCAGUAGUUCUCAACAAGGUGAUUCAGGACAUUGCAGAUCUGCUUCUUGUAGCUCCAAUUUGGCAAGCUCAGCCAUGGUGGCCCAUCCUAUUGAGUCCUCUAGUCAGCAACCCUGUGUUACUUCCACGCAGUCAACACCUCAUGCGGAUCUCUCAGAUUCAAGCAAGGUACAUGCAAUGUUCCCUCGCCUUCAUCUGACCGUGUGUCGAGUCUCCAGCAGUACUAUCAAACAGAAGGCUUUCCUGGACAGGUUACCAAACUGCUCCUCUCAGCAACUCGGUCUUCCACUCGAAAGGCCUACGAAUCAGCAUGGUCCUGCUGGAGUCGCUGGUGUGCUAAAGGGAAAAUUUAUCCUGUUUCAGCCACACUCUCAAAAAUUCUUGAGUUUUUAGCAGUUGCUUUUUCAGAUGGUUUGGCGUACCGCUCCAUAAAUGUUCUGCGUUCAGCUCUUUCAUCUACACAUUCGAGGAUAGACAACUUCCUUGUUGGCCAACAUCCUCCUGUCACCAAGCUCAUGAAGGGUAUACUGAACUGCCGCCCACCAAAGCCACGAUACUCAUAUACUUGGGAUGUCAAGAAAGUGACAGCACACCUUGCCUCCUUGGGAAGUAACAACUCCCUAUCCCUGAAGCAGUUGUCAAGGAAACUUGUUAUGCUCUUUGCCCUGGCUUGUUCAGAAAGGACUGGCUAAAUUAGAUCUUAGAUACUGUAGAGUCAUCCCAGAAGGAGUUGUUUUUUCCCUUACUUCUCCAAGAAAGCGUGGCAACCCUAAUCAGCUAGCUCAGGCCUUCCUAGCUCGUUUUCCGCACAAUCAAAAAUUAUGCCCUGUCGAGACCUUUCGUCAUUACCUUAAGAAGACGUGCUCAGUUCGCCCCACUGUACCCUGCUCCAAACCAGACCCUCUGUUCAUCUCAUAUGCAAAGCCUCACAAAGCCAUUUCCUCUGUUACUAUGGGGCGCUGGCUCCGCCUUUCCAUUCAAGAUGCUGAUAUCAAUACGGACAUUUUCAAGGCCCACUCUCUGCGGCACCCAGUGGCAGUGUUUCUCUGGAUGAGAUUAUGAAAAUAGCUGAUAGUUCAUGUUCCUCCACCUUCCAGAAGUUCUACUACAAGCCAGUAUUCAAUUCCAAAUAAUACUCUUUAAAAUAUUUUUCAGUUUUUCUAUUAAACUGUAAAACUCGUCAUGCAUUUUCUACUUGGAAGGAACUAAUUCGAAAAUCACUGUGUUUGCCCCUUUUCAGGAAUAUCACAGAAAUUGUGAAAAACAUUAAGUUUAUAUGGUUUGGGGGGACGCUGUAACAAAAUUGCAGACGUUUGUAUGGAUUUUUAACCAUGUUUCAAGGGUUAUAACUUGAUCCCUGUCCAACCUUACAGCACCAAGCUUGGUCAAAUAACCAAUCUCAACAUGACCUUUUAUUUGGUGGUGUCCGUUUAUCGAUAGUUUAAAUUUGAAACUCGCCCCAGUUCCCUACGCAACUCCGAAAUGGCCAAUUAAUGUCACCACAGAGGGCCACAAGCAUUUAGGCACGGCUCUAGGAUCAAGAUCGUUCCUUGAAGAAUAUGUUGGCGAGAAAGUAGACGAAUGGGUCAAUAAGGUUACUAAACCCGCAGAUUUCGCCAUAUCACAGCCUCAAGCCUGCUAUGCAGCCUUCACUUUUGGUCUGCGGCACCGUUGGACAUAUUUCCGACGAACAUUACCGGAUAUUGCAGAAUUACUUGAGCCACUCGAGCGCACGAUUAAUGAAGUUUUCAUACCAGCUGUCACUGACCAUACAGUCACUAAAGUAGAGCGCGACCUCCUUGGUCUCCCUGUGCGCGUGGGAAGCCUUGGAUUUACAGAUCCUGUAUGUAGUGACCUCAUCUUCUGAAUACGAGGCUUCAAUCAAAGUUACUAAUCCGCUCGUGAGGCGAAUUGUUCAGCAAGAGCACCAACCUCCAGACGCCUCAGAAAUUCAAACACUGCAACUGAGCACACGAAAACAAAAAGAUGACUGUCCGGUGAGAGGCUGGAGCAAGUGAAGAAAGCUACAGAGAAGGGAUCUUCAAAUUGGCUGACCGUGAUUCCCCUCAAAGAGUUGGAUUACAAUCUGAAUAAGAAGGAAUUUAGAGAUGCAAUCAAGUUACGGUACGACUGGGAAAUAACCGACACACCCAUGCUCUCCGCAUGCGGUGUUCAAUUUAGCGUGGAUCACCCAAUGGUGUGUCAGCGCGGCGGCUUCAUUAUCCAGCGCCACAAUAAACUGCGCUACUUGGAGGCAGAGAUGCUAAGGAUGGUCUGUAAUGAUGUGGAAGUAGAGCCGGUCCUUCAUGAGUUCACUGGGGAGACAUUAAAUCAUGGCGCUAACAAAGCCCCUGAUGCCCGUUUGGAUAUUCAUGCUCCGGCGAGGUUUUUGGGAGAGACAGAGAUCUGCAUUCUUCAACGUUCGGGUGUGUCACCCUAAUGCAGACUCUUACAGAGACUUGACUCCUAAGGAGAUCUACAAGAAACAUGAGAACGAGAAGAAGAGGCAGUAUGCGAAAAGAGUAAUUCAGAUCGAACAGGGAACGUUCCCUCCCCUAGUUUUCAAGGCCACAGGUGGAAUGGCGGAUGAGUGUGUUAAGUACCACAGCAGUCUUGCGGCGCUGAUCGCAAAUAAGAAGAGAGAAAGUUACUCAAGCGCAAUUUCCUGGAUAAGAGCUUAAGUAUCCUUCGCCAUCGUACGCUCUGCGAUACUAUGCUUGAGAGGCUCAAGAUCCAGAAGACAGCUAGACUUUGUUGACUCAGACCUACAGAUCGUACUGUUAGAGCCUGCCCGAAUUAAUCUUUAUUUUUCUUUAUUACUUUUUUUUAAGGAUCUUUUUGUAAAGAAUUAGGAAUUUUAGGAAUACGAGAUUUUAUUCUUUUAAACUCGUUUUCUUUUCAAUAUCAGAGACGGAUAAUUCUCUUUUGUAAUGACUUAAUUUAAAACUCUGGACUGCCUGCAAGAGUCAUUGACCGCAUUUGAGCCGCACGGAGUGUAUCUGCGAAAUCGUUAUUGACAAAGUGAUUGCUAUUUUUAUGAUUUAUAUAAUUCUGAAUGCUAUAUAGUGCUUAAUUCUUUCUUCAAAUAUUUCUGUAAAUUAUGUACAUAUAUAUUUUUGAAAGUUCAGUAAAAUUAUUGUUUCCUCCUCUAAUAAUGCCAACAAUAAAAAUUAAUGCUCCGGAUCAAAACCCGCCAACCAUGAGCGACUUUCGUGAUACACCAACCACUAGCAGCCUUAGUGGUACAAAUAGUCCUACACAGUGAAUCAACAUUGUAGGUCAAUCGAAAACAAAUUCCUUUGAGUUUUCACUUUCGGAAGCUGAUCCUCGCGGUCGCAUUGAAAAAAGAUAUAUAUGUAAAAAAAACAGUGCAAGUUUUUAAUUAUUAUUGUUUAAUUAUUAAUAUAGUUUUUCAGUAAGCUUUGAUUUGAUAAAUUAUAGGGUCUUAGGCCUAGGCCAAACGUGGAACUUUUCAUGAGUCGAACCAAACUUCGCGAGUGAAGUUCAUGAAAAGUUCGACUGCUGGCUCAGGUAACUUCGUCUGAAUGAGUUUGGAUCGUCCAACACGUUCUCAGUGUAUCCGGGACAAAAGUCAAUCUUCACAUUCGACGAACUAAACCAAUAAAAGAAAAAUUUGCGAGAAUGUAUAUUUAGCCUCAUUGGGCUAAAAUUGCUUUUUUGGUCUGAUUCAGUGUUUUUGGUUCGCGGUGUCCUAAGUUCGACGUCUGACCCAGCAGACGAUCUAAAUUAAGGUCGACGCAAAUUGGAGUUUGGUUCGUCUCAUGAAAAGUUCGACGUUUGGCCUAGGUCUUAGGUAUCUGCAAAUUAAGCGGAAUUCGCUAUCCGGUAACCUUAAUAACCUAACGAUUUUACUGUUAGUGUAACAAUGAUGGUUAUGAUUGUAGGCAUACAGCUAUUUGAAUUUCAUUUCGUUAUCGUUGUCACGGUUUUUUUUUUUUUUUUUUUUUUAGAAAACAAAACUGUUAAUGUAGAAUUUGGUGUGAAAAUUCAACAGGUAUGAACAUUUCUUUCAGUUUCCUCUGUUGUUUUGAAGACAAAGAAAUGAGUGGGUGGUAAAAACGUGAAUACAUAACGUUUUUUUUUUUUUUUCACACAAGCAUCUGACUUUUUUUUAGAUCUCUGCACAUUUUCCUCCUUUUUUCGUAACGUGACAAAGGGUCUUUAACCUCUGAUAUGAACUGCAUCUAGAGGACAGCAUUUUUUUCAUCCAACUGACUGACUGACUGACUGUCCCAAGUAAAUAGGGGUGAUAAUUCCAUUAGUUUCUCAUAUUUUUUCUCAUAUUUUCUCUCAAUUGCUUUUAACACUCCCGAAGAGCAAACAGGAUGCUAUUUAAACGUGGUCUAACGGACGAUAUGUAAACAUAUGGAACAAAUUGCUGUGUUCUCCUAAAACCUACCUUAAAACACUUAUUUCUAGCUUUAGUAUAAGCAGUGGUUCAAGAUGUAUAGAGUAAUAUGUGGAUUGUGUUUGCUGUUUAGUGGAAUAAGACAAGCUUUAUACAUAAUCUGGUUCAAGAUCUUAACAAUUACUGCUCCAGCAGUAACUGUUCCGCAUCUUUAAGGUAAGUGUACCAGCUUUCUUGUAAAUGUCUGCUGUUUGAACUGUCUUUCUUACCGUCCUUGCUUUUCUCAAUGUAAAUUACCUAUCAAGUUUUUAAGUUAAGCAAAUCAACAUUAUAUAUCUUGUUCUCAGCUUGUGUUCCCUGACGGACGAUUAAGCAUCGACAACGAAACGGACGACGACGACGCCUCGCAACCGAGGUAGACUGGGCCAAGGGUCUCAUUUUUGGCGGGAAAACGAAGUUUAAGUAGUGCAGCUUCUUAGACAGACGACGACUUCCUCUUUGCGAAGAACUUUGCCUCGUAACAGUCUUGUUAUGGCUUUCAAAGAGCUCCGUAAUUUGCAUCUUAUAAGCUAUGACGAUGGUUUAAUCGACGAUAGCGAAUUUAUCGUUCUUUACGACGGACCUGUAUAGUUCGAUUCUGGAGGCUUUCUGUUUGUCGCGCAGCUUUUGGUUUUGUUUUGAAGUUAUAAGUGAAUACAGAUCUCGAACAGCUCUUGACUUGCAGUUACUCGGCUGCUGAAGAGAAUUCAGUGCUGCAUUGUUCUCCCUUAUUUGUCCUCUCUCAGGGCUCCUCAUAACCACAUCAUGUCCCGGAGUCUACUGGAAAUAAGGGAGUUUAAGAUACGGAGACUACGGACUACGAACUACGGUUGGACGAGCGUUGUCCUUUGUUCGUAGCACUGGGUUGAGUCGUGCAAAUAUAGAACGUUAAGAUUGCACUACAGACAGUAGACUACGACAGAAGAGGCGGAGAGGGAAACAACACGCAAAGAUUUUCUUGUUUCCAUCACAGUUCACAAAAAUGCAAGUCAGUUUUGCAUGUGAUCUUAUCUUAAGAACAAUGAACAAAUUCUUCCAUACUUGAAGGAAGCAAUUACGUCGGGUGAAAUUGUAAACAAAGUUUUGGUUACACAGGUUUUAUUUUUUCGCCAAUGAAUCCUUAUGUCAAAUAUUAAAGAUAUAGACAGAAAUAGUAAUAGCUCAUUUAUUAGAUUUAGAAGAUGGACUUGUCCGACUACUGAUCUGAUGUAGUUUGAAGUACUGAAAUGCCGAGUUUCGAUUGUCUCGAGCAUGCAUGUUUACAUCAUUUUCAUUCAGCAAAUGGCGCGUUACAAAAAAUCGCAUAAAUAAAGGUUACACAAGUACAAAGACUCACUAAUCAGUUCGAACAAACAUUGAAACUUUUCAAGUGCGAAGAGAAAGUAAAUUACCUGCAUGAUUUCUGUUCUCCUAGGCCGUCAAUCUGAAUUCUGCGUAUAAACAGCUAAGCUUAAAUGUAGUCACAACAGUGGAUUAAAAGCGUAAAUCUGAGCAGAUAUUAGACACAACUUACAUACUUCGCUUCCCUUUCACUUAAAGCAGGUGAAUUGAAAACUUUUUUAACGAAAAGACGAGAUUCUUGAAUUACCGAGACGGCAAAAUACGAGCAAAAUGUUCUCCGUAGUCCCGACUACGCGAAACAGCUCAACAACUCACCGUAGCCGCAGGACUACGCGGGAAAAAUGAACAGUCACGUGGUUUUGAUCAUGCGCAGUAGCAUAUUUAUCCGUAGCCGUAGUCCGUAGUCGCCGUAUCUUAAACUCCCUAUAGUUGCCUUUUACUUGCGGCUAAUAGUAAAAACAACAUACGAAAUUAAUCUUAGUACAAAAAAAUGAACAUUUAUCCUAUAGUACAACCUAAAAUGCACGAGUAAACAUAGACCAUCAGGGAACGAACAGUUACUAAUCUAACAGGUUCGGAAGAUAGCAGAGGAAAGAGUACUUGUCUUUCCGACUGGUACAAUUUCGCCAUCACUCAGGUUUCAGACAAACCGAUCCAUAUAUUUCUACAUGUACUCAAUGACAAGGGGGAAGAAGAGUGGUUUAGACGCCAAAAGUAUAAUUUAUAUUUACGUUUUACGGAAAACGGGAAACCUUCCUGAAUUUCGUCGUGGACGACGUUUUGACAACCUUACGCAUACCCAGAAGGUUCGCGCGGGAAAAUUUCACUUCCGGUCGGCGGCGUCGUCUCAUUUCGUCGUCGAUGCUUAAGGUCCCUAUUGAAAUCGUACAGGUGCUUACUGGCACUUGUUUCCCAGCCUUGCACUUGCAAGGAGGCAUCGAAAAGUUAAUUGUUGUUAUCGUUUUUUAUUGAUCUCCUUAUUUUAACAGCAAGGCACAGAAAAGUCCACUUGUUUUUGAAGACCCUGACAUUCAAAUUGUGGAAGCAGCCAAAAAAAAAGACAAAGGAGUUGCGGUUGGUUUUGUUGUGCUGUACACUGAUGGCAAGAACACUACGGUGAUGCCGAGAAGCUUCGUACAUAUGUUCAUCACUUCUGAACUUUCUGAGAAUGACAAGUUGGCAGGUUAUCAAGUGAUCAUGGUUGAUGGUAAAGGUACAAAUGAAGGUAAACCAGGAGGGCAACACUCAAACAAGAACAAAUCAUCAAAGAAGACGUACAUUUACAUUAUAGUGGGUGUGGUUUUCGGACUUAUUUUCGUUCUGGCCUUGAUCUUCGUGGUAAAAAGGUUAGUUUGCCAUAAAUAAUGUUCACUUUAAACUGCAAGCAAGCACUCAAGUUACAAGGUGCUGAUCCUUGAUUGAGGAAGGAAUAGGAGCUCCUUCACCUUGCUAAUAAAAUCAGUAAUUGCUACUGUAAUUAAAGAACGCAGUAGACACGUGCUUACGAGGUAGAGCAUCUGUGGAAUAUUAAAGCAACGAAAUUUAGGUUUGUCGCGCUUUGUGACUAUCGCUGUACACCAGCCUUCUGCCAAUUAUUUUGUGAUUUGCUUCUUUUGGUGUGAAGUCUUCGUCGCUAUCAAUGUUUUUCAGGUACGGCAAAAGACUGAAGGGGAUUGGAGGAAGCACAAUACCCAGCCGCCUAAGUGAUCAGAGUUAUCUCGCACUGCACGCUGAAGAUUAUGACGAGUCGAUGGACGACACAGCCUUGCUGAGGCCGCCACAACAGCCUACUAGUGAAGGAGAUCUUCUGUCUUAA